AUGAGCGACCUAACCGACAAGAGUGGCUGGAAUGUCGACGUAUUCGACAAUACCAUUGUUGCAAAGUGGCGCGAAGAGACGUUCCAGGCUCAGGAGGCCAGAGUAGCGCAGGGAGAAGAGCUUAAGACGCGAGUAACCAGUGAAAGAGCUUGGGACUGGUGUAUUCUGGAACUUCGCGAUAAAGCGCUCACGUUUGACGAGGACCGAUUUGUUCGACUCUUCGACGCCGGAUCUGCGGUGUGCAAGUCAGACGUUCUUGUUUCUGAAUCCGCACGCCUUAAGCUGAAGGAUGGCAUUGCGCCACUGCUUAAACGGGCAAUUUCAGAUCGGAAUCAAGAAACGCUUGUUGAUCCUUCUCUAUUCCCUUUGCCACACGGAAAGACUUCGGUGUUGACGGAGGGCCAAGUUUGCCUACGUGCUGCCAUUGAGUCGUUUGGAACUGGAAAGCGCUCUCCGAGGCAGCUAGAUGAGCGCUUGAACACAUCUGAGGCCGAUUCUAGAAUAGACGCAGGUUAUGCCGAUGUAUUUGAAAGCGACGAGACUGAUGAUCUCCGUCGAUUCUUAUGGUCGUCCAAUUAUCAGUUGCUUCCAUGUGAGGUUGAAUUUUCUGAGUCGGGUACUGGUACCGAUGUGCACAUCACUUCACUACCAGCUCGCUGGCCAAUUCGGAUUCGGACUUACAGCCUCACGUGGGAGCCAGAAUACCCUAGGGCAUUAGUGGAUAAACUACAGCAGGAUCCUGCAACUGAGAUCCAUAAAGAAGCGAUGAAAGAGGCAGAAGGGUUUUUCAAGCUUCCGAAUCGCGGCGGAUCAGUUCAACCAUCAGCAGACCUUCCAGAGGACUUGGCUAGGUAUCCAAAUAUGUAUGUUAGUGCUAAGUGGAAAGAUCUAUAUACACUAAAUGUUCCGGAGCCUGGCAUAUCGUUCUCAUAUGAUGAUUGGAAGGACGGUCGAAAUGGAGCGGCGAUUAAGGAAAAGUGCAGUUGCUACAAACCAAAAUCGAGCGCGCCUACUCAACCAGACCUCGAUCACGAGUUUUACUCUGUUAGAUUAGAGGAUACGUUUCGUGACCAGGGCUUACAAGUUAUUGUCAAGAUCGUUGCCACAGCUAUAUACUUCUACGACGUUGAGAACACGACGGCGGCGGAGAUGAAGAUCUCCUUUCGCCAAAGAGCAUAUAUGGGCCAGGAUGAUUAUCACUAUAAUCGAUCAGACUGGCCUGCCUUUCCAAGUAAAUUCGAGGUUCCCAGAGAAGACAUCGAAUCAAUGCUCGGCUUCAAAGAGAAAAGCAACCUGUUCGCCCUAACGACACAGGAGAUUGGCCGAUGGCGCAUCCGAGAUCUCGAGCUCAUCCUCUCCAAGGUUGCCUUCGCCGCCUCCCUCUUUGACUCCGACGGCAUCAAAGUCCGCUUCAUCGACAGUUCCAGAGUAUUGCCGAUUCGUGAUGUUAUCGUUGGUAGAUCCACAUUAUCGCAUAUGCUCGACGAGGAAUGUGCCUCCACAGGAGCAUGCGUGGUGGGCAGAGGAAGUCCAUAA